CCUUCACGACGAGGGAAGAGAAAACAUUUGUUUUGGAUUCUAAGGGCUGGAGAGAAUCGACAGAUCAUUGUUAAAUAGUUGUUACUUUGUUAAGAUUGGUAUAUUCAUGCUAUUUGCUCGAGUUUCUUGCAGGGAAGUUAUUGAUCUAAAAGCUGAGUUUCCAUGCAUGCAUUGAUUCUAUUGCAAGCGUAUAACGUUGGUUUAUCUAUAAGAAUUUGGCAUUGAUGUUGUGAUCGGACCUUUAUCAGACUAUUCCGUCCAGUUGUAGGAAGAUCAUUUGUGUGUUCAGACAAUCAGUACAUUUAAACCUGAAGCGCCGGAGGAUAUGAGAUCGAUUUGAGCGGCUUUAGUGCAAGUGAUUCACUGAUUCACUCUCUUAUGAACUCGUUUGAUCGUAUCGGUUCUGAUCCGUGGAGAUGUCUCUGGUAGCGUACGACAGCAGCGACGACAGCGAUCGGGAUGACGCGCCGAGUUUACCCACUCGACCCGCGGGGAAUAUCGGGGGACUCUUCGCGUCUCUGCCGGUGCCGAAAAAAUCAAGCACAGCUCAGAUAGCAGCCUCUCAGCCUAAAAGGAUGAAUUUGGAUCUUCCCAAACCUAAGAAGCGCACUGAUCCUGUUAAAAUCACCAUUCCUGAAAUAAAGCCAGCAGAUUCUGAUUCUGAUGAUGACGAGCCCGUGCGAAAGAAAUCAUCCCAUCAGGGCGGUGGUGGUCUUUCUUCUCUACUUCCCCAGCCUAAGAAUCUGGUUGUGAAGGCGACCCAGCGGCCCCUGGUGCCCCACACCCUAACAAAACGCCCUGGAUCAGAUCCGCCCAAGAGAACUGCAACAAAGUCCCAGACCCUCUCUGGCACCAGCCCGUCCCCAUCAGCCAUCAAAGCUGCUGCCAAAUCAGCAGCGAUGCAGCUAGCCAAACAAAUAGCAGCUGACGAAGAUGGAAGUGAUGAAGAAGUCACUCCAGAGAACUACUUCUCCCUUUCAGAAAGCUCAUCACAGUCUGUGACUUUACAAAACCCUGAUCAUCAACAGUAUGUUCCCUCUCUACACACUCCGCCCAGUGUGGAGAAUUCCCCACUGGACUUUGGUUCUUCUAAUAAAGGAAGUUACACUAAGUCAGUUGGAGCCACGCAAGACCUUCAGAGUGGAGAAUAUCAAGAUCAAUACCAAGAGUUUCCAGAGAAUCCACUGCCAGAGGCAUCUCCACAGGAUUACUAUGGGGAGGGUUCCUACCAAGACCCAAAUCCUGCAGAUGUUGAGCCAGAUGAAUCAGGGUCCUCUUUGAUGUUCAAUGAUGAAGCAUUUCGUCGGCUGCAGGGAAAACAGAAUCGGGGGCGAGAAGAGAUCAAGUUCCUGGAGAUCAAAGGAGAUGAUCAGCUGAGUGGCAACAAGCAGUGGAUGGCCAAAAACAUGACAACAGAGUUGGAGCCACGCAAGUCUUUCAGCAAGAAAAAAGGAGAUCAGCCAACCGGUCAACAGAGACGCAAGCACCAAAUCACAUACCUGAUUCAUCAGGCCAAGGAACGAGAGCUGGAACUGAAGAACAACUGGGCAGACAACAAGUUGACCCGGCGACAAACGCAAGCCAAGUAUGGGUUCUAGUGGACGCCAGGCUGGAUGUAAAGAUUCAUUUGGGCAGAUUUUAACAGAGACUGCGGUCAAUACAGAAAUGUAAAAUAUCCUGUCGGCAGCUUUUAAGAGGUGUGAUACCUGUUCGUAUUAUUUCAGAACGGAGCUAAGGAAAGCAAAGCUGUAUUGGCUGCUAUUAGAGGUUAAGAUGGCAUCCAAAUGUCUACUGAAUAUGAAUGUUGUCUUCCCGUAAAUAUUAUGUACUCCAUUUGGUUUGGUUUUAGUUCUGUCAUAAAUUGUCACCAGUAUCAUAAUAGUAGACAUUUAGAUCCAAUCACAUGAUAUUUUUUAAAUGAUGUUACUGGGAUGCUGCGUGUUACUGUGAUGGAAAUGUUCUGGGUGGGCCUUGUCCUCCACACUGUGGCAGGUAUAAAUCAUUAAUGGGACAUAGGACAUGACAAAGGAAAUUAAAACAAAAUGGGUGUGGGACUUUUAAAGGAAUAGUUCACCCAAAAAUCUUUUACUUACCCUUAUGCUGUCUUAGACUCAUAUGACUUUCUUCUGCAGAACACAGAGAUAUUUUAAUGGAGAUAUGAUGUCUGUUUGUCCAUACAAUGCAAGUCAAUGAGGUCCAACACUUUCCAGAAUAAACGUAAUCCAUACUACUCGAGUGGUUCUCUAACCCAGACCGAUCAUAUAGCUUUAGAAGACAAGGAUUAAACCAAUCAAGUUGUCUGAUUGAUCUUUAUGCUGCCUUUAUGUCCUUUGUGGAGCUUAAAAAUGUUAAGACACCAUUGACUUGCAUUGUAUGGACAAAAACAGAUCAUAUCUCCAUCAAAAUAUCUUCGUUUGUGUUCCACAGAAGAAAGUCAUACAAGUCUGAGAGUGUGUAAAUGAUGAUAGGAUUAGCAUUUUUAGUUGAACCGUUUCUUUAACGGCUUGUUUUUAUUUGAACAGCUUCUUAGUCGAAACCCUAAUGUUGAACCUUGAAUAAAGUACGAGUUUCAUUGCAUCUUAAGAAAAUGUAAAAAAAAUAUUUCAUGUUUUUUGUGUGUGAAAAAGUUCUUACAUCACUGCCAGAAAUUUAAAAUGCAUCAGGGCAAAAAACUAUAAAAUGUCUAAGAAGUUUUGUUCAGGAAACAAAGGAAAACCUAAAAUUAAAGUUAAUAUUAAAAUUUUACGUUAUUUCUGUUU